AUGUUGGGACAGAACAAGAACAUGUUGGGACAGAACAAGAACAUGUUGGGACAGAACAAGAACAUGUUGAGACAGAACAAGAACAUGUUGGGACAGAACAAGAACAUGUUGGGACAGAACAAGAACAUGUUGAGACAGAACAAGAACAUGUUGGGACAGAACAAGAACAUGUUUAGACAGAACAAGAACAUGUUGAGACAGAACAAGAACAUGUUGAGACAGAACAAGAACAUGUUGGGACAGAACAAGAACAUGUUGAGACAGAACAAGAACAUGUUGGGACAGAACAAGAACAUGUUGAGACAGAACAAGAACAUGUUGAGACAGAACAAGAACAUGUUGAGACAGAACAAGAACAUGUUGAGACAGAACAAGAACAUGUUGAGACAGAACAAGAACAUGUUGAGACAGAACAAGAACAUGUUGAGACAAAACAAGAACAUGUUGAGACAGAACAAGAACAUGUUGAGACAGAACAAGAACAUGUUGAGACAGAACAAGAACAUGUUGAGACAGAACAAGAACAUGUUGAGACAGAACAAGAACAUGUUGAGACAGAACAAGAACAUGUUGAGACAGAACAAGAACAUGUUGAGACAGAACAAGAACAUGUUGAGACAGAACAAGAACAUGUUGGGACAGAACAAGAACAUGUUGUGA